AUGCACCAUCAAUGUUCAUCUCUUCAAAACUACUGUCUCUCCAAAAGGCCCAACAUUAACAGUUUCUCGAGCAAGGUGAAAAAAACAAUGGCCCAACAAUUCCCCCCUCAGAAACAGGACACCCAGCCCGGAAAGGAGCAUCUCAUGGACCCGACCCCACGGGCCACCGCGCAAGAGUACAAGCCCUCUAACAAGCUCGUGGGGAAGUUUGCCCUAGUCACCGGAGGCGACUCCGGCAUUGGCCGGGCCGUGUGCCACUGCUUCGCCCUGGAGGGCGCCAGCGUGGCAUUCACGUACGUCAAGGGCCACGAGGAGAAGGAUGCAAACGACACGUUAGAGAUGUUGAGGAAGGCCAAGCAUGAAGGGGCUAAGGACCCGUUCGCGGUGCCGGCUGAUCUAGGUUUUGAUGAAAACUGCAGGCGGGUGGUGGAGGAGGUGGCCGCCGCUUUUGGCGGUAAAAUCGACAUUCUCGUGAAUAAUGCGGCCGAGCAGUAUGAGGCCAGUUCGGUGGAGGAGAUCGACGAGCCGAGGCUCGAGAGGGUCUUUCGUACCAAUAUUUUCUCCUACUUCUUCACCACCAGGCAUGCGCUGAAGCACAUGAAGGAAGGCGGGUCGAUAAUCAACACGACCUCCGUCAAUGCAUACAAGGGAAAUGCGAAGCUGCUCGACUACACAGCCACAAAAGGUGCUAUCGUGGCUUUCAUACGUGGCCUUUCCCUCCAGCUGGUCGACCGUGGCAUAAGAGUUAACGGGGUUGCGCCAGGACCCAUAUGGACCCCUCUUAUACCAGCCUCGUUCACGGAGGAUGAAAGCUCGAAUUUUGGGAAGCAAGUCCCGAUGAAGAGGGCAGGGCAGCCUAUUGAGGUGGCCCCUUCGUACGUUUUUCUUGCCUCGAAUGUCGACUCGUCUUACAUAACGGGACAGGUGCUCCACCCGAACGGGGGCACAAUCGUCAAUGCGUGA